AUGGCUUCAAAGAUCUCAUCCGCUCUUGCUCUUUUCUUUGCACUCAACAUCCUUUUUUUCACCUUAACCGCUGCAACUGAUUGUCGCUGCAGCCCAAGUCCAAAGUCCAGGCCACUCCCAACUCCUUCGUUCCCGAGACCUAGCCCUAGGCCGCUAGUCCCAAGUCCUAACCCUAGGCCGCUAGUCCCUAGUCCUUCGGUCCCAAGUCCUAAUCCUAGGCCGUCGGUCCCAAGUCCUUCAGUCCCAACUCCAUCGGUUCCAAGUCCUUCAGUCCCAACUCCAUCAGUUCCAAGUCCUUCAGUCCCAACUCCAUCGGUCCCAAGCCCUUCAAUCCCAACUCCAUCGGUCCCAAGCCCAAGCACCCCUGACUCAUCAAGAAACUGUCCUAUAGAUACCCUCAGGCUCGGUGUAUGUGGAAACGUCCUAAGCGGUCUACUCAAUGUGCGGUUGGGUCAACCAUCAGUCCAACCAUGCUGCUCACUCAUCCAAGGUUUGGCUGACCUCGAUGCUGCGGUUUGUCUCUGCACUGCUCUUAGGGCUAACGUUCUCGGCAUCAACCUUAACAUUCCAGUAUCUCUUAGCGUUCUUCUCAACGCUUGUAACAAGAAUAACCUUCCGUCCGGUUUCCAGUGCGCUUAA